UAGCAGAUUAGAGCAGAGUACAGUAGAGUAUAGCAGAGUACAGUAGAGUAUAGCAGAUUAGAGCAGAUUACAGUAUAGUACAGCAGAGUAGAGCACAGUACAGUAGAGUAUAGCAGAUUAGAGCAUAGUACAGUAGAGUAUAGCAGAGUAGGCCUAUAGUAACAAGGAACGUCUCAGACAUUUCUUAUUAAAAACCUCUAUUUCCCAGACCACCAUGAUCGCCUUCAAACCAAAACCCCCGGGCUACCUAUCGUUUCACCACAACCUUCUGCCAUGUGACACAUCCGCCUACAGCGGCAGUUAAAUGAGGCUCGCCUUUAAGGGGAUCUCAGUUCACUGGAGCUACAGGCAUGGAAGCGUUGGACUCCACCCGUCUCCUAUCUCUGAUUGUUGCUCUCACCAUCUUGUCUGAUGGCAUAGAUGGUAGAAACAUCAUUAACUGCCGCAAGUAUCUUCACAAACACCAGAAGCGUUCGGAGGAAGGCUACUCGUUUGUGCAGGGCUACCAGGUGACUCCAACAGACGAGGAGAGAGAGAAGCAUUGCCAGGUCUACUCCACAACCCCGCCCCCUCUGGGCCCCUUGGAGCCCCCUGUCUCCAGAGGAGACGGAGACCUCAUCCCUCCGUACCCCCCCCCUGCAACGCCCCCUCCCGGCCCUGUUCAGAAGCACCCAUCCAGAGCCUACGCCGUCUACCCCCUGGUCAUCGAUGUAGCGGCUGGGAGAAUGUUCUCCGCCGCCAGGCUGCAGGGUUCGAGGAGGAGGCUGUUCCACCGGCUCCCGGUCAGAGCAGGAGAUGGCGGCGUGUCCGGGAGCCUGCUCGAUAAACUGACCCUAGCAGGCUCCGUCCAGCGCUGGACUGACAUCCGCUCUCUGGCUUCUCUCCUGAGGGAGGGGGGUGCUGAGUACACCCCCCCUGUGGUGGUGAUGGGGACACCUGUGAACCUGACAGCCCUGAUAGCGAAGGGGAAGGUGGAGGUGAGCAGGGGGUUCUCCAGGCCUGUGGUUCUAGCCAAACAGGCGCCCGCCGUCCCGCUGCCCAGUGGGGUGUUCCGCUGGUGUUCCUCCCGGCUCGGGUUCUUCCUGAGACCAGCGGGUAGGUGCCGUUCUGCAGGGGGGAACGAAAGUCUGGAGAACCAGAACCAAAAUCAGAACCAGGUCAAUACCUAGACCUUCCAGACCCAGACCCCCAGACCCAGAACCCAGACCCAGAACCCAGACCCAGAACCCAGACCCAAACCCCAGGACCAGAACCCAGACCCAAACCCCAGGACCAGAUAUGGAAGAUAUGGCUCCAAUUUCCUUUAACGCAGUUAGAGUGUGUGUUUGUGUCUAAUGUCCUUAUGGUUUCACAUAUUCUGAAAUGUGGUUAAGGGAAGUAAAAUUGUUGAUUUGUAAUAAAUGAAUAAAUACAUA